GUGUCCAGUCAGGGCAGAGAGGAUCAGAGGUGGACAUGCGCAGUCGCACUGGCAACCUCUCAACUGCUCUCUCAAAUGCCAGACAAUGCCUUCUAAUGACUUGUUACCCCUAGAAACUCUCUGUUUUGGUGUGUUUUUUCCUGCAUCUAGCGAUAAACUAGGGGGGAGUGCGACCGUCCAAUAUGUCGCGUCGUGGACCUGUUGCUUAAGUCUACUGAUGGACCAUCCAACGAUGACCGUCUGUUCGUCACGGUGUUCAUGAUGUCGGUGCCAGACAGACGAUGACAUUUAACUGAGACAUAAAGUCAUAAAGGAAGAGGUCAUCUGAGCAAAUCUGUGAUGGAGAUCAUGGAUACUCAGCGUGCCUUGGAGGCUGUGGAGCGACUUCAAGCCAAACUAAAGGAGCGUGGUGAAGCCCCCGCGCAGGAGAAACUCAGCCUGCUGAAGACCGUUCUGCGGAGCCCCCUCUUCCUUCAUAUACUCAGCUUACAGAAGGCCCAACGGAAGCCCCCAGCCAAGGGGAAGGGCCUUUCCAAGUCAGUGUCCAUGAACUGUGGCAAGUGCCAGGGCAUGUGGAUGGACACGAAGCUCAGUCACAGCGACUCCUACACGUGGGCCAUGGAGAACCGAAGGCCCAGCAGGUCGCUCCACAGGGACGGAAGCGUCUCCUCUCUGGACUCGCAGGAUCUGUCCUUUUCAGACAUCUACCCAGACAACUGCAUUCACAUGGAAUCACAGUACUGCACACCCCCUCGAAUAUCCCGGACCAUGUCAAUGGGGAGAAAUUUGUCUGCAAUUGCUCAUGAGAGGCGUCACUUGGAGAUUAUAGAACUGACCAAUGAUGGGAAGGGACUUGGCUUUGGUAUCAUAGGAGGUCGGAGCACAGGGGUCAUGGUGAAGACCAUUUUGCCUGGAGGAGCAGCUGGACAGGAUAAACGUCUGCGCAGUGGAGAUCAAAUCUUACGCAUUGGUGACACAGAUUUGGCUGGUAUGAACAGCGAGCAGGUGGCGCAGGUGCUGCGGAACGCUGGUAGCAAGGUGAAACUACUCAUUGCCAGGGAUAUCACCAAGGACAACCUGUCGUCUCCUGUCCUCAACCAGGAGUCACUUGAUGGCAAUCCCAGUAACUCGAUUGAUGACUAUGAGUACAGUGUGCAGUUCACUAAAAACAGCAGGGGGCUUGGAUUCACUAUCUCCAGCUACAUAGGCGACCUAAACUCAGUAUACAGUGCUGGUGUGACAGUGAAGAGCAUUGUGAAAGGCAGUAGUGUUGACCAAGAUGGACAAAUCCAUAUUGGCGAUGUCAUAUUAUCUGUGGAUGGGGUGAGCCUGCAGGGCUGCAGUGAGCAGCGUGCAAUGGAGGUGCUGAGGAGGACAGGCCCUGUGGUCAGACUGAGACUCCUGAGGAAGGCCGUCCGUCUGAGUCAUAUCUUGCCCCCAGUACCUCCCCUACAUCCCCUCCGACACUCGCAUAGCUUCCACGAGGGCAAUCCCUACAGAGUGGGCCUGAACAAGAUCCAUGAGACAGGAAUAUGUUCGCUGCGUGAAAUUUCUCGUCGUGCAGCAUACGCCAACAGAAGACCCCGCCAUGAUUCCAGAAACGGAGUGAAACUGACACCAGCAGAGGAAAAAGACCUAAGGAUGAGGUGGCAGCAUGCAGUUGGACCAAGAUAUGAAGUUAUAGUUUGUCAACUGGAGCGUUUCAGUGAGACAAGUGGUCUGGGCAUCAGUCUAGAGGCUCGGGCCGGUCAUCAUUACCUGUGCUCCGUUUUACCUGAGGGUCCUGUUGGGCAAAGUGGCAAAAUCAUAACUGGAGAUCAAAUACUAGAGGUGAAUGGGAUCCCACUCAUUGGAGAGACACACAAAGAAGUGGUCAACAUCCUAAAGGAGCUGCCUAUGUUUGUUUACCUGGUGUGCUCUCGUAUUCUACCCCCUGCCAUUCCUGACAGUGACGAGGAAGAGGAGGAUGAAGCCCAGCUCACCCUAAAAGAGCUGCUGGCUGAGUUCAAUGACAAGUUGGACCAGGGCUGUGUUAUUCCCUGUCCUACAGCGGAGGACAUCACAAAGCGUGGUGUGCCCCCUAUGUCGCCUCCUUUGGCCAUGUGGGAGAGAGAGGCGCAGGUGGUAGAGCUGGAGAAAGGCGAGACGGGAUUGGGCUUCAGUAUCCUGGACUACCAGGAUCCGGAGGAUGCCACCAAAACAGUUCUGGUCAUUCGCUCCUUGGUACCAGGAGGUGUUGCUGACCGAGAUGGCCGCCUGCUCCCUGGAGAUAGACUCAUGUUUGUCAAUGAGACCGAUUUGGAAGGCUCCAGUCUGGAUUACGCUGUGCAUGUGCUGAAGUCAACUGGUUACGGCCCUGUGCACAUUGGUGUUGCCAAACCACUGCCGCUGGAACUUUGCGGUGGCUUGACUCCCAUCUCAGAGAGGAGCACGCGAGCGUCCUGCGAUGACAACGAGAGCCACACUCAGGUCAGCCUGCUAGCUGAGGCAGCCGAGGCUGGCCCUUGCAACUUGGGCGACAACAACAUCAUCCGGCCAUAUUACAACAACACGGAAAUCCAGCCGCAUCAGCGUUUUGGCACCAUGGAUGACAACGACACGCAGCCAGCCCCUCCCCUACCCCCUCGCACAAACUUUGAGAAGACAAUCACUGUUGUCCGGGGCAACCGUAGCCUUGGGAUGUCGGUGAGCGCUAUCAAGGACGGCUCAGGCAUGCUGGUGCGCAGCGUGGCCCCUGGGGGCUCUGUCAGUCAGGAUGGCAGACUUGGGGUGGGUGAUGCUAUCUUGGCAAUCAACAAUGAGUCUACGUCCAAUCUGACCAACACCAUGGCCAGGUCAAUGCUACGUAGACAGUCUGUCAUUGGGCCAGAGGUCAGUAUAACCUAUGUACCAGCACAUCGUGUGGAUGACCAUCGUAGCCGCCUGUGUUUGCCCCCGCUGGCCUCCAUCCCAGAAGACGAGCCUUCCUCCCCCAUCCCGUUUCCUCCAUCCCCAGAACCAUUGUUGGCCAGAUCCCCCAGUCCAGUCAAACCCUCCUCCACUUCAGUCCAGUGCAAAACCGUGGGUUCAGGUCCAGUCCCAGACAAAACCUUCUUAAAAGUCCCAUUAGAAGACACAGCCGUAGUCCCUGGAGUGAGCCCCGCAGCUCCAGACUCGAGUGGUCGGAAUCCAAAAUGCUUACCUCACAAGAAGGAGAAAAAGGAAGAUGGAAGGAUGGUGCAGGAGAAGAAAAAGGAGAACUGUUUGGAUGGUAAAGUGGUGAAAAGGGUGGAUGGAAAUGAAGAGGGAGAAGGAGAUCUCCGUCCUCACCCCCCGUUGUCUUGGGAUCACCCUAGAAGAGUGCGUCUCACUCGAGCUCCAGGCCAGUCUCUUGGUAUUAGCAUCAUGGGAGGCAAAGGCAUGGGCCAGAGGCUGAGUGGUGGCGAGAUGAUGAGGGGCAUCUUCAUCAAGCACAUCAGCUCUGAUAGCCCGGGAGCACAUAACGACACCCUCCAGGUCGGAGACAGGAUACUGGAGGUGUGUGGUAUGGACCUGAGUGAUGCCAGCCACGAGCAGGCGGUGGAGGCCAUCCGCAGAGCAGGAGACUCAGUGGACCUGUUGGUUCAGUCCAGACAGCACGGAGCCCAGUCUUUUUUGCUUACUAACCACGAGAGACUUACCCCAACCCCGCAGGCCAACUCAGACAUCAUCCAGGUACCUCAGCAGACUCAACGAAGCCGCGUGACUGUCAAGGCACUAAACUUGGCGGCCAUUGAUGACGAGAACGACACUGGCAGAAAAAAGAUGCUUCAGCGUUAUGGCAGCCUGUCAGGGAAGCUUCAUAUGAUUGAGCUGGAGAAGCACCCUGCAGAACAUGGUUUGGGGAUACGCCUGGCAAGCAAUAAGGACGGCUCCAGGGCCCGCAUGAGUGUGUACGUGGCAGAUGUAGACCCUCAAGGACCUGCUGGUUUAGAUGGGAGGAUACGAGUGGGGGAUGAGCUACUAGAGAUCAACGGUCAGAUCUUGUAUGGCCGCAGUCAUGAGAAUGCUUCCACCAUCAUCGACAACGCUCCGUCCAAAGUCAAGAUCAUUCUCAUCAGAAAUAAUGUGGCUCUAGGCGAAACAGAGGUUAAUAACACUGUCAGCAGCAAGACAGACUUUGGAGAUUGGAGAGAAUUCUACAGAGACCAGAAUGUCAUCUCACUACAGGAUGACAGAAUGAAGGUUGGAGAAAGAUUAAAAGCAGUUCUUGACGAGCCUGUGACCCGACUGUCUGCGGAGAAGAUCUCUGUCAAGCUGUCUAUCAUCCACCCCGAGGCUGCCUCCUCAUCCUUCACAUCAAAGCCUCACAACACAACUUUACCCUGCCCUGACUCUUGCUGCUCCUCUGACUCACCCCUCAGUGCGAAGCAGGCGUCUGCCAAGGAGUGUUCUGAUUGGCUGGCAUCCACUUCAGCAUCUGACCCUCUCAACUGCCCUGUUGUACCCGGCAGGGAAACCACCAUCGAGAUUUGUAAAGGAAAUGUGGGACUCGGUCUCAGCAUUGUUGGAGGAUGUGACACUCUGUUGGGGGCAAUAAUUAUCCACGAGGUGAAUGAUGGAGGAGCAGCACAGAGAGAUGGCAGGCUGCAGGCUGGAGACCAGAUAUUACAGGUCAACGGUAUCGACCUGAGACAGGCCACUCACGAUGAGGCGAUUGCAGUACUGCGACUGACCACCCAAUGCGUUGACCUGCGUGUAUUCAGGCACCAGGAGGCCUACAGGGAGGAAGAUCUGUGGGACGUCUUCAGUCUGGUGCUGAGACCUCAUCCCGUCAAGGGCCUUGGCUUCACCACUGUGGGGAAAAGUAAUGACACCGGCAUCUUUGUGUCAGAUAUCAUCAAAGGAGGCGUAGCGGAUUCGGAUGGCAGGUUGUUGCUGGGUGACCAGAUUCUGUCCAUCAACGGGGAGGACGUCCGUGGAGAAUCACAAGAACAUGCAGAGCGGCUUCUGCAGAAUUGCAGUGGAGUUUUCCACCUGGAAAUGGCUCGUUUUAAAGCUGGACUGCAGUACCCAGACCGGAAUCAGGAGUACUUUAAGUUGUGUUUUAUUCAGAGCGAAGACUCUGACUCCUCCACACUGACACCUUCAAGUGGAUGCAAUACUUCUGUCAACCAGCAGAGGAAGACAGAGAACAAAAAAGGCGGUCACACUUACGAAGACUACCCUGACUACAGAAAAGUAGUCAUAAAAAAGGGUCCACAUGACUCCCUCGGCAUCAGUUUAGCAGGAGGAGUGGGCAGUCCCCAUGGCAACGUACCUCUUUUUAUUGCUACCAUGGAUACCAGUGGAUCAGCUGCCAAAACACAGCAAUUAAAGCCAGGAGACCGGAUCCUGAGUAUAAACGACGUAUCCAUGGAGGGAAUGUCUCACAUCCAGGCCACGGCCUUGCUCAAGAACGCCAUCGGUUCUGUCACCUUGCAGGUGUCAUCAGGACGCAGCCCUCAUGAUCCCAGAGGUGUACAUGAGCGAUCAUCAGGCCAGCCCAGCAGUCUGCCAUGCUUUCACAAUAACCUCUGCGCUCGAAUGUACAAGACAGUGAGUCUAGAGAGAAGCUCCUCAGGCCUGGGCUUCAGCAUCGUGGGAGGUUACGGGAGCCCUCAUGGAGACCUGCCCAUCUAUAUCAAAACUAUUUUCGACAAGGGGGCAGCCAUUGAGGAUGGUCGACUGAAACGAGGCGAUCAGAUCAUUGCUGUGAACGGCCAUUGUCUGGAGGGGGUUACACACGCUGAAGCUGUGGACAUCCUUAAGAAGACCAAAGGGACUGUGGUCCUUACUGUUCUCUCAUGAGAUUUUCUACCAUUUUAGCACAAAAUUCAUAGCAGAACUGCCUCACACGGACCAAAAUACUUUGGAAUACAAUCUUGUAGAGAGAACUUUUGUACUGUUUUAAUUUAAUGUGUCAGCUACCUCUAACUGCUAAUAUAGCAUGGAUACAUAUCCAGUACAUGUUCUCCAAAUUAUCACUGUUACAUCGAGUAGCACUCCGUAACGACAAUGCUUAAAUGGCUAAGAACAAAUCUUUCUGGUUUUGAAUGAUAUCCAACACAAGAUGGCCUACCUAUGGUAUGUAUGGUACAUAUUUCUUGUUUGUACUCAAACUAUCUUCUUGAAAUUUCUAGGAGUUACUGUUCAAGGCAGAUGAUGAUGUCUGAUGCCAAUGUGGCUGAAGGAGCAAAGGUCAAAGUUCGGGUGGGUUGGUGCAUGUUUUUUUUUUUGCAUAAUUCCAGGAUUUGAUUCUACAGAUCUAGUACCUUUUAUAGGUUUUUACAUGUACACUCAUCCACACUUACAUCAUGGUUUUUCAAGAAUAUAUUCAUAAGUCAUGCUCUUUCAUGGUUAAAUAGGGUCUAGAACAGGGGUCGCAAACUCAAUGUACUUAGGGGCCACUGGAGCUAGGGUCUGGGUGAGACUGGGCCGCAUCAGGUUUUCCAAAAAACAAAAAACGCAUUUAUUAAAAACAGAAAAAUUAAUGAACUUUGCUUUGGUUUCGAUUUUCUACAAGAAAAGCUCUGAUAAAACAUUCCACUGUUGUCAAAUAUCUUACUUUUUAUUUUUUUACACAAAAUAAGAUGAAAAAUAAAUAAACAAAUCAAGAAUAAAGAAAACCAAUCAAUCAGUAAUAAAUACAUAAAUAUUAUAAUAAUAAUAAAAUGGCAAAUAAUAAAAACUUAAGAAACCACAUAUAGUUGGUGGUUAGACAAAUUAUUUUUUCAGAUUAAAAUUAACAAAGCAUUAUUAGAGCCCUGUAGACAUGACAAAACACGACUAUAGUCACAUUUAUACUCUUUUUUAUUUACAACAUAUUGCGCAACUGCAGGGUCUUGAGACACAUGCUAACUCGCAAACUAGAGAGCUAGCGACCUAAACGGUAGCCUUCAAGUUAUUUCCUUUAAACUUAAAUAGCCAAAAACUUACCACUUCCACACGGAUAGGGAGGAUAACUAUUAACAGUUAUUUAACCUUUAAUAUGAACAUUAAUCAAACGUAAUAAUUUUUUCUGGGUACAUGAUACCAUACAGCAUCCAUAUCAAACUUGCGCGGGACGCACUAACAUUAAACUUUCAUAUCAAGGCGGGGGCCUCAAACUAGUGUCCUGCGGGCCACAUUUGGCCCACAGGCUGCGUGUUUGAGACAGCUGGUCUAGAACAUUUCAUAUUAUAUAUUAUUAUAUAUAUAUACAUUCAUAUAUUUUUUUGCCUAAAUUAAGCAUUUUCAAACAUGAAAAUGGCUAAAUUACCUAAAAUAAUAUAAGGCAUUCAGAAGACUUUUGCGGCCGUAGCCCACACCAAGCUAAAACUCAACUCUGAACCCUGAUGUCACUUCCUGUCUGACGAGCACUCUGCUCUCCUGGCACCGGAACACAUUUAAAGCAACAAACACCAUCACUAGUGUUAUUUAUGCCUUAAAUGGCUUAUUUUGGCUUAUUAUGUUUGGUAACUGAGUGUAGAGGCGGAUAUAAGGGUGUUGUUUCAUGUCUAGAGGGUAGUAAUGUUAAAACCACAUUUAGAAGGUCGUAAACAAGUUUUCAUUGCUCUAACUACAAAAAUAUGACAUUUAUAGACAAGGAAUCCUGCUUGACGGUCAAGUCUAGAAUGAAUUAACUGUAAUAAAUGCAGGAUUACUCCAGUUGAAGAUGUCUGUGGUAGCUGUGCUCAUUGCUUUUUUCUCAGUGUUGCAUAUGUUGCAACACUAGAUGAUUGCUGUCAUUUUUUCCAAAUCAAUGUGUGAUAUGGAAAACCGCUUGGCUUUAAGUUGCCACUGAUGCCAUGUUAAUGAAAAGGUGUGUGUUCCUUAAAGCUGCAACAUGCCAAGUGUUACUGCCAAUCUUUUAUAUGGCAUUAAGGUGGAAGGACAGGAAGUGUGUUGUUGUGUCGUGUUUGAUGACAACUCCAACGUUGUGCAGCUACAGUGUGUGGAUAGUAUUGUGUUGCUAGUGUUGAUCCAUGCGGUUAUUGUGUCAUGUGCAGGCAUUGCUUAGGAAGUAUACUAUUGGGAGCGUGUUUUCUAAUUAUUUAUAUAUUCUUUUCUGUAUUGUAUUGCAUUUAAUGUAUGUCAUACACACAGGUUGGAUUCAUGUUACAACAAAAGUUUCUGUAAGUGUUCUUAUUAAAAUGAACAUUUGUUUGUAAAUGGUAUUCAUUUGCACAAUUUUUGCGUGUAAAAAUGUGGAUGAAAUUGUUGUGGUGACAAUUGGAUUAUAUCACUGGAUGAAUUUCGCUUCUUUUUUUUCUUUGACUGACACAAUAAUAUCUGAUAAUUUACUGAAGCUGAAGUUCGCCUCAAGUUUAAAUUUCACAACAAUAUGUUAGAGAAAGGGCUGCAUGGCGGUCGAGUGGUUAGCGCGCAGACCUCACAGUUAGGAGACCCGGGUUCAAUUCCACCCUCGGCCAUCUGUGUGGAGAGUCAAGUGAGGAUAAGUGGUAGAAAAUGAAUGAAUGUUAGAGAAAGGGGCCGCAUGGGAGGUGAGUGGUUAGAGCACAGGAGACCAAGGUUCGAUUCCCUGCUCGGGCAUCUCUGUGUAGAGUUUGCAUGUUCUCCCCCGGUUUCCUCCCACAUUCCAAAAACAUGCUAGGUUAAUUGGUGACUCCAAAUUGUCCAUAGGUAUGAAUGUGAGUGUGAAUGGUUGUUUGUCUAUAUGUGCCCUGUGAUUGGCUGGCGACCAGUCCAGGGUGUACCCUGCCUCUCGCCAAAGAAAGCUGGGAUAGGCUCCAGCACCCCCGCGACCCUCGUGAGGAAAAAGCGGUAGAAAAUGAAUGAAUGUUAGAGAAAGGGCUGCCUGGCAGUCGAGUGGUUAGCGCACAGACCUCACAGCUAGGAGACCCGGGUUCAAUUCCACCCUUGGCCUUCUCUGUGGAGAGUCAACCCUGUGACCCUUGUGAGGAUAAGUGGUAGAAAAUGAAUGAAAGGGGCUGCAUGGGAGGUGAGUGGUGAGAGCACAGGAGACCAAGGUUCGAUUCCCUGCUCGGGCAUCUCUGUGUGGAGUUUGCAUGUUCUCCCCGUGCGUGUGUGGGUUUUCUCCGGGUACUCCGGUUUCCUCCCACAUUCCAAAAACAUGCUAGGUUAAUUGAAUUAAUUAGUUAAUUAAAAUGACUCCAAAUUGUCCAUAGGUAUGAAUGUGAGUGUGAAUGGUUGUUUGUCUAUAUGUGCCCUGUGAUUGGCUGGCACCUGUACAGCGCCCAAGGAUAAGGGGUGUAGAAAAUGAAUGAAUGACUGAAUGUCAGAGAAAGGCACAGAUAAACAGUGAACUUUGUGUGUGUGAUUAAUUAGUAGAGUUUCUGGUGACAAGAUGACGCGGUGCAAUACAGUACAUUUGCACACAAAUGGUCUCCUUUAAGAGCUCCCUGCAUUUAAUCAAUGCCAUCUGUUCGCAUGGCAAGCUUUAUUGAGAGGCAGCCAUGACAGUCUGCUUCAUCCCUCUCCAGAUGAACAAUCAACUGUGGAGAGCCUUUUAACAUGGAUAAAUGCCAACAUGCUUUAUGCAUUUAAAUGUGGUGUUUUCUGCAUUUGAAUCACUUUUCUGAAGUCAAAAUUGGAAAAGAAUGCCGUGUGUGUGUGUGUGUUGGAAGCAAUGCGUGCACUUUUGAUUUAGUGCUAUCACGUCCAUCCAACUCUAGAAGUCUUUCUACUCAAUCAUUAGGCAACAAAUUUAGGGGGGGAAAAAAUUGAGGCGGGACACUCACUUAUCACACAAUCCCUUAUGAUUCAACGCCUCUUCUUUUGUCUUGAAAAAAAUGUCUGCCAUCCUGCUGUCACAGCUGCAGCUAUUUUUCUUCCCAUCAUAAGAACUCAUUUGACAUAGAAGGCAGUAAUGAUCCUCGCUCAGGAGGGUGCCAGGCGUCGGACGAUUGACUGUCACCGGAUGCGACUGUCACAUCUGUCACAUCCCGGGAUGUAAAUAAUAAAAUAAAACAUCAGAAGUGUUUGUAGCUGCGUGUGCAAAAUAUGCUCGUGCACAAACUGCAGCCACCAUCUGAUCAAAAGAGAAAAUAGCUUCACGUCCAGCUAUUGACACGAAUUGUGCAUCAUGCGUCAGAAGUGCAAACUACAAUCACUAUAAUAAUACGUAUAUUAUAUAUAAUAUAGUGUUACACACUUAAAGUUAUGACUUCUGGAUGCUCAUUUUAAGGUUCUGUUGGGUGUGUUGUGGGAAAAUGGAUCCUCAGAGAAGCAUGCUUGUCAUGUGCCAUGAAAAAUUGUUGGAGUAAUAACCUGAAGCCAGUGACAUUUAGACAAAGUCAUGUGGUUACAGCAAUACAAUCUACACAUGAUGCCAUUCAAAAUAGAAUCUGGUGGGAUUAUUCCUUUAUUCCCCAGUGCUGAUAGCAAUGAGUUGUGUCAAUUCAUUCAGUAUAUAAAGUACAUUCUUCCCCAAUGUGUGUAUGUAUCGUCUUUAUUAAAGGGCACUAUAAUGCCAGAUUUAUAGUAUUAUUAUUAUUAAGCAUCCUAAUAAAAUAGUUCCUUAAGAAGAGAAAAGUAAACAGGGCCUAUUACAGGAGUCAAUAGAGAGCUGAUUUUGACUAGAUCACCAAAGUGUGAUAGGAUAUGUGCACAAACUGUGUUUUUAGAGGUGUUGAAUAAAUACAAGAUGCCUCUUUUUUCAUGACAAAUUACCACAAAAUAGUACAAAAUCAGAAUGGUCGUACUAUUUUAGCAGGGAUCUACUUUUCAAAUACAAUGAAAUGUUGUUAUAUAGUUGUAUAAAUAAAACUGAUAUGUUUCAUCUCUGGGCUGCACAGUGGU